UAUACACCUUCCCUCUCCCACUAAAAACCAGACAGAAUGAAUUCUUCUAUGUUUUCUUCUUUCCUCCACUUCUUCUUCAUCCUCAUGAUUUCUUCUUCUGCAACUGCAUGUGAUCGAUGCCUGCAUAACUCCAAGGUCGCCUACUUCUCCAGCGCAUCUGUCAUUUCCGGUGGGGCUUGUGGGUAUGGUUCUCUAGCCAAAAGUUUCAGUAACGGAAUGGUCGCUGCUGCUGCUCCUUCCAUCUACAAAAAUGGAGCUGGCUGUGGUUCCUGUUUUAAGAUAAGUUGCAAGAACGCCACUCUGUGUAGUAAACAGGGGACGAAAGUGAUAGUGACAGAUCUCAACAAGGACAACCGCACAGAUUUUGUCCUUACCAGUAGUGCUUUUGUCGCCAUGGCUAACAAAGGCAAGGAGCGCGAUAUUCUCAAUCUGGGUAUUCUCGAUGUCGAAUACAGAAGAAUACCAUGUGAAUACAAGAACAAGAACUUGACAGUUAGUGUGGAUGAGAGUAGCCAUAGACCAAGCUAUCUCGCCAUCAAAUUCAUCUAUCAAGGCGGUCAGACAGAGAUUGUCGGAGUUGACGUGGCUCAGGUUGGUUCUUCGAACUGGAGUUUCUUGAGCCGGCGAGGCAACGAUGCGGUGUGGGCGACGAGUAGAGUCCCAAGCGGCGCAUUGCAAAUGAGAUUAGUGGUGACUUCGGGGUACGACGGGAAGUGGAUUUGGGCGAAAAGUAGUGUUCUUCCGGCGGACUGGAAAGCGGGAUUCACAUACGAUUCCGGCGUUCAAAUAACGGAUAUAACUCAGGAAGGAUGCUCAUCUUGUGAUGAAGAACAAAUCUGAAGAUGAAUAUCACCAAACAUUAAUAAUUAUUAUUAAGUACAACAACAAGUAGUAGUAAAAGUUAAGAAAGGAUUUGUCGGAUAAAUAUAUUUCUUUCUUUUUUGUAAGCUGAAAAACACAUCAUAUAUAUUAAUCAUAACACCAUUGAUGAA